AAUUGCAGUCAAGUUCUUGGAAAAGAUGGUCUUAGAAGGCAUUUAUCCUGAUAAGUUAGAUUUUGACUUACUCAUAGCUGCAUGUAGUGAAAAAUCUAGGAUGCCUAAUGCUUUACAGCUUUUCAACUGUAUGAAGCGGUUAUAUAUGUCACCUAGCAGCAGAGCAUACAGUGCCAUGAUAAAUGGAUUAAUCAGGAAAAACUGGUUGCAGCAGAGUUGUGAUGUUUUACGUGACAUGGUUGAAAGUGGGCUUGAACCAAAGCAUACACACUAUAUUGCCUUAAUCAAUGCAAAAUGCAGGAUUGGGGACAUCAAUGGAGCAUUCAGGCUUAAAGAGGAAAUGGCAGCUCUUGGUGUUGUGCCAGCUGAAGUUGCUGAAAGCUCAAUUGUUAGAGGUCUUAGUAAAUGUGGAAAGGUUGAAGAGGGUAUCAUAGUUUUCUGUAGCAUAAUACGUGCAGGAUUGGUGCCAACCAUUGCUACUUUCACUACCCUAAUGCAUGGUCUGUGUAAAGAAGGCAAGAUUGUUGAUGCUUUGGACCUCAAAAGGUCAAUGGAGUUGUAUGGAUUGAAGAUUGAUGUUGUCACCUAUAAUGUUCUAAUCACAGGUCUGUGCAAGAAUCAGUGUGUUUCUGAUGCAUUAGAUCUUUAUGAAGAGAUGAAAUCUAAGCAACUUCAACCGAACCUUACAACAUACACCACAAUAGCUGGAGCCAUCUAUGCAUCAGGCAGAAUUCUGGAGGGAGAGAAACUACUCAAUGAUAUAGAAGAUAGGGGCUUUGUUCCCUCAUAUAAGGAUCAAAGUCCUGAAUGGAGGUUGAAAAAUGCAGUGAGGAAGUUAGACAUGAUAAGAAAUUGCCGAAAAGCAAUAACAUCUGAGGAUGAUGUCGAGCCACUGCAUGCAGAUCAUGAAUCCAUGCCUGCCAAAGACUGAAAUCCUCUAGAAAUUGAACUUUUCCACUUCAAAGGAAGUGAUACAUUUAAUCGACAUAUAUAUGUAUCAGUACCUUUGAGAUUCCUUCUCCAAAUCGCCAUUUAGCUCAUCGAUUGUUUUUGCAAUGAUCAUACAAAACAAAUUCAUAUAUCAUUUCGGAGUUCAGAUCUCAAGAACCAUGAAGUUUCCAAGCAUAAGAAUAAGACAGUCCU